UAUCCAUUUUCCAAAGCGGCCAUAAUACCAUCCAAUCCACCACCGCCACCCUCACCGGCCCUGUUGCAGGGCAAGGGUCUCAUACCCUUCCUCAAGCAAACCACUCUUCCUCCAGAGAAGCAAAAGCUCCUUGACACGCUCUUCGCCAAGAGGCAUCCCGAACGAAUUCAGCCCGGUUCAGUGCUUACGGUCUCCCUUAAUCACGCGCCGGGCAUCUUCUCUGGUGUCCUCCUCAGCGUCCGCCGGCGCGGGCUCGACACGUCGUUCGUACUCCGGAACGUCAUCAACCGCACUGGAGUGGAAAUGCAAUUCUUCGUAGCGUCACCGCACGUAAAGGAGAUCAAGAUUCUUUCGAAGGCGGGUAGUAGCACAGGUGGAGGGAGGUCAGGACGCAAGAUGCGUAGGGCGAAGUUGUUCUACUUGAGAGACUCGCCAGAGAAGAUGUCGGCUAUCUCU